AUGAAUUACUACCCGGUGUGCCCGGAACUUGAGAGAGCAAUAGGUCUAUUGCCGCAUGCUGACACCACGGGGAUCACCCUGUUGAUGGAGUGCGACAACAUCCCUGGCCUUCAGGUCCUUAGCAAGGACAACCGCUGGGGUAUGGUGCCUCCCAUUCCCGGCAGCAUUGUCGUGAAUUUAGGUCAAAUCAUGGAGGUUUACAACAACGGUGUGUACAGAGCGCUGGAUCACAGAGUAGUGGUGAACAAAGAGAAGGAGAGGGCGUCCAUAGCAACCUUCUGCUAUCCCAGCCCAUCUCUUCUGGUCGGACCUCCUACACAGCUCCUCGCCGCCACUAGACUCCCUCCUAUCUACCAGACCCUCUCGAACUCUGUAGAAUUCCUGCAGCGCUUCUUAAGCCACAAGCUUGAUGAUGUGGUUGCUUUCAUCGACACCCUCAAGCUAUAG